AUGGCCCGGGUCGAAGAGCUCCCCGAUGACUUUGACGAGUCGAUCAACCUCAAUGAGCAGCCCCAAGAGACAGAAAUCCCGCCCGACAAGGCAUUCACCGACGGUCCUCUCCCCACCACCGAAGAUGAACCCAUCUUUCCAAUCAACGAGGAAAGGCUUAAGGAGAUGGAGGAAAAGGACCCCUUAGCACCGAAAAUGUCGCAGAACAUGGCAUCGGUACGGUCGCAUACCAUGGAUGAACUGGCGGAUAUGUUGAAUAAAACCCCACUGUUCAUGACGGAUAUCAAUAAAGCGGGUGAUGAGAAUGGGGAGAAUAUCAUGUUGGAUGCCAUCCAGGCGCUGCAGAACGAAGGAACGCGCGGCGAUGUGGCGCAGAAUUUUAGAGAGCAAGGCAAUGAGGCGGCCAAGGAAAAACGAUGGAUCGAUGCCAAAGAGUUCUAUACCAAGGCUAUAGCUGUCUUACUGGCCAAGGAAGACAAAUGGGAUAAGCCGGAAGAUGCUCAGGAGGAGGAGAAACUGAAGCGCCAAGUGGAAGAGGCUUCCUACUCCAACCGCGCCUUGUGCAAUUUGGAGCUGGGUAACUAUCGGUCGACAACACUGGACUGUGCCUCCGUACUGAAACUCAACCCCCGAAAUGUCAAGGCAUUCUAUCGUUCUUCGAUGGCACUAUUCGCCCUUGACAAGAUCCCGGAAGCGGAGGAUGUCGUGAGUCGCGGCUUUGCUCUCGAUCCCAGCAACAAAUCACUCCAAGGAGUAGCGGUGAAAGUGGCAGAUCGCAAAGCGGCUCUAGAGCGUAUUGCCGCCAAGAAGAAGGCCGAGUCGGAGAGAGCGCGCAAGGAAAAAACGAUGCUGAGUACGGCUUUGCGGGCUAGACAGAUCAGAACUCGCAAGACCGAGCAGCCUCCAGAGAUGGAGGACGUAGGGAUUCGUCUGACGCCAGAUCCUCUCUCCCCAGAAAGCACCCUUGAAUUCCCAACGGUGUUUCUGUACCACAUGGAUGCGCAGUCUGACUUCAUUAAGUCCUUUUCGGAAAUGAAUGCCAUCGAGGACCAUCUUGAUUACAUUUUCCCCUUGCCAUGGGACACGAAGAAGGAGUAUACAGCAAGCGGCGUGGAAUGUUUCAUGGACACGGUGACUGGCGGGCUGAUCAAGGCGGGGAAAAAGCUACCGCUCCUACAGAUUCUCAGCGGAGGCAAGGUGGAGGUCGUUGAUGAAUUGGUCCGGAUCUACGUCGUACCGAUUUCUAAGACUGGGAAAUUCAUUGCAGAAAUGAAAGCAAGGAAGGAGGGAUGA